GAGAGAGAGAGAGGAGUUUACCAAAAAAAAAGAGAGAGAGAGGAAGCAAGCAUAGUCCAACAAAAUAUAUGAUUUCAAUCUAAAUAAUUCUGGACAAUUUUCCAUAGAGAAUGGACACCGAUUCUAAGCUAAGCUAGGGUUUCUUCCUUCCCCCAAAUCUCUCAAAAACCUUCAAUACUCUUCAGUCACCGCAUCGUCUCUCUCUCUCUGUCUGUCUCACAGUCUUUCGAAAGAAGAUGGUAAACAAGAAACGUCCUUGUUCUGGAGAUGGUUUCAGCGAAACCUAUACAUGUGACUUAGAAUUCCGACUCAACAACUCUAACGGCUUCCUUCCACCCUCUCCUCCUGACUCCCCUGUCCUCAAUUCCCCCGAGAAUUUGGACUCCAGCAACGCCACCUUGUUGAAGACUAGGAAGAAGCGUAAGGCUACUCUCCCUUCAUAUGCUCCUGAUUCCAAGAGACUCUGGACUAAAGCUGAUGAGCUUAUCAUUCUCAAGGGCAUUGUUGACUACCGGAAGGAGACGGGAGUGGACUACCUUUCAGAUUCAGCUGCAUUUUUUGAGUAUAUCAAAGAUGACAUUGAUACUAAAUUCUCAAAGGAUCAGCUCGUGAAUAAGAUCAAAAAGUUGAAGUUUAAAUUCCGAGAUAAUUUGGUUAAAAAGCCUAGCUUUGCUAACUCCCAAGAUUCUGAAACUUUUGACUUGUCCAUGGCAAUUUGGGGCAAAGAUAAAGCUGGCUGUGUUGAUGGGAACACGGCCAAACCAAAGCGGACCAGGAGCAAGGUUCAGGCUUUCGUGGAACACGAGGUGGUGACCAACGGUGAACCUGAGAAUGAUGAUGGAUUAGCAGAAGGAGGUGACUCUUUUGACAAAUUACCGUCUGAAAAUCCUGACAAAAUUAUGGAGAAUGAGAAUGGUGGGAAAGAGAUUGAGGAAGAUGGAGCAGUGACAAACAAUAUGGGGAAUGAGACUGGUGGAAAGGAGGGUGAGGAAGAUGGAGCAGUGACAAAAGAUAAACCUGAAAACAAAUUCCUCUCUGUAAAUGUCGACGACAACCGUAUGGAGAAGGAGACCGGUGAGAAGGGGAGUGAGGAAGAUGGUGCUGCUGAUGAGCUGUGUGCAUUACAGGACGCGCUUGAGACGACAGUGUUUCAGCAUUUAGGAAGCUAUGCACAGAAGCAGAUGCUUGAGAAGUUGAAGACCCUUAGAGCUAAGGAAAGGAAGGAGUUGAGCGGUGAAUGGAAGUCAUUACUUGUUGAAGAGGCGCUAUUCAAGAGCAAGAAAUAUUCCUUUACAGCCAAACUCGCCAAUGCAGCAUUUCAUAAUUAGGUAGAAGAAACUAGAGUGAGGAGUAACGACUUCCAAUAGUAGUUGAGGUGGCUAAAACUUCGUUUUCUGGAACUGCCUAUGAUCCGAUCUAAAAUUUUGUUAAUAUGCAGUUUCGUUUUGUAAUGAACCCAUGGUUUUGUUUCCUUAUACACUACAAAAAUAACCUUCAGUUUAAUUGAUGA